GGUCAGGCGGCACUGGGGAACAGGUGGUCCGCAGGCGCCGGGCAGUAGGCUGAGAGAGGCGGCCCCUUCGCUGGGUCUUCGCUGUCUGCUGGCCUCUGCCGCCUUGGCCGCCUUUUCUCCGUCCGCAUCGCCCAAACGCAGUCCAGACACUGCCUGACUCAAGUUCCAAGGGAAGCCUGAAAGAACAGAGGAAGGCAGAUCUGCCACUGAAGUGGAGUAGGAAUACCGUAGCUGGCCCUCCAGGGGCAAAUACAAGUCAUUUGAAUGAUGUGCCUUCCUCUUGCUGCCUGGAGUGCAGUGCAAGGCCUUGGGAAUGGACUGUCUGCCAGGUCUGCAGGCCUGCGGGAUCUCUGGCCUCUUCAGCUGCAUCACUGUCCAACCUCUGAACAUCGCAGCUGGCCUGUGGAUGAUCAUGAAUGCCUUCGUCCUGUUGUUGUGUGAGGCGCCCUUCUGCUGCCAGUUCGUGGAGUUUGCAAACACGGUUGCGGAGAAGGCGGACCAGCUGCAAUCCUGGCAGAAGGCUGUCUUCUACUGCGGGAUGGCCAUCAUGCCUGUUAUCAUCAACCUCACCCUGACCACGCUGCUGGGCAACACCAUCGCCUUUGCCACAGGGGUGCUAUACGGACUCUCUGCUCUGGGCAAAAAGGGUGACGCGAUCUCCUAUGCCAGGAUCAAGCAGCAGAAGCAGCAGGCGGAUGAGGAGGAGAAGCAGCAGGCGGAUGAGGAGGAGCUGUGAUGUGGGUCAGGAAGGCCUCCCCCUGCCCGCAGCCCUGUUCUGUCUGAGCCAUCCAGGUGAAGCCUGGACUGUCGGCCCCUCUGCCCUGUCCCCGCAUCUGCAAUUCUCUGUCUGCCCCUUCUCUCCUCUGCUGCUGCUGGGCCCAGGCUGCAGGACUGGAGCAGAACUGAGCAGACCGUGGCAGCUCUGUGUGGGCACCCACAUGGCCCCACUCCUUUGCUGAGUGGCUCUGCAGACUAGAUACCAUUGGAAGGCCACUAGUGGCCUGGAGCAGACCCCAUCCAACUGGGCCCCGGGCUCUGGGUUCUUUGGGCUGGGCACUAAGCAGAGGGAGCCACCCCCAACUGUUCCAGCAGGUAGUGGCUCUAGGGCCCAGGAUGGCAGGGCAGUGCCCUGAUGCUGUCCACUACUGCCUGUACCCUCUUACUGCCCCUUGAGGCACAGCCCCUGCUGCUACUCCAUCCUCUGUGGGAGCCCAUAGUGCUCCCAGGAUGUACCUCUGUACCCUGAACAGCAGCCUCAGCAGUGAGAGCUGGGUGGGAGUGUUCUCUGCUGGGUUCCCUGGAACCUUGGACUCAUGGCAUCCCCAGGUACCCCACUGCCCUACCUCCCUGGGCCUGGCUUGGGCGCCUAGGUUCUGCCUCUUCUAGGCCUUGGUGCUAAGGAAGUGGGGAGACCAGGUCCUCCGUGGUGACUACGAGGGGGCCCAUCACUCAGGCAUGGUCCAAGCCUCCACCUCAGGUACUCUUGCCACCUGCCCCAAACCCUUCCUACAGGGAACUUCUGCCUUCUCAGAGGCAGGCAGAGGCCAGAGUCACCCCCACCCUACAGAGCUGUCCCCUGCUGCCCUGUGUGCCAGGCCACCAGAAGUAAGGCCCAUGUGGGGAGAGGUGAUGCCUGGGAAAUGGAUCCCCAUCUUCCCUCUGCCCUGUGGCCCCAGCCUGCAGUAUCUCCAAUGGCUGGGCUGGCCCUGGGUAUCUGGCUGAGCCCUGCAGGGCUGAGUGGAGAGCCCCCAGCCUUCCCACCUCCCUGGUCCCUCAGCUCCUGCAGCUCAGGGGCUGGGUCUUACUGAGGAGGCACCAGCCCUACACUGUGCUAGGGCCGUCUUCCAGGACCUGAUGUGUUUGAGGUCAGGGUUGGGAGAGGGGCUCUUGGGCCCUGUUCAUUACUGCCCUGCGCACUCAUCACUGGGCCCGAGGGUCACCAGCAGCCCUGUGAGGAGUCUGACCAGGCAAACCCCAGGGUGGCAGGGGCAUUUAAGUAUGGCCAGCUUCGUGGGACGUGUGCCUUCAGGGUUCCUUGGCCAGUUGGGACUCAAAGGGCUGUCUGUGUGUGCGUGUAUGCAUGUGUGUGUAUGUGUGCACGCAGUGUGUGUUUAUGUAUGUGCACAUGGUGUGUGUGCACAUGGUGUGUGUGUGCGCAUGCGUGUGUAUAUGCCUGCCUGCCUUCUUUUGUGUGCAGUGAUAAGACCCGUCUACCUCCCAGGUGGGGUGAGGCCCUGCCUGCCCCUAUGCUCACUCUCACCUGUAGUGGGACUCUGAGUCCCUCUGGCCUCUGUGGAGGGAGCAUCACUGGUGGCAGCAGCAGGAGGGGUUGGCUGUGUCAGGAAGGCCACACCUGUGCCUAGUAGGAAACUGGGUGGGUGCUGGGCAGGCCAUGUGUAGGAUUGGGUGCAGAGGUGGGUGGGCCCUUUGUCACAGGCUGGAGGGGCUAGGUCACUUGCCCUUUGUUCCCAGUGAGUCUGGAGCUGUGGAGUCCUGGAGCUGGUGCCCCGUCUCACUGGGGAGCGCUGUCUGGAGACUCUGCCUUGCCAGGUGUGUCUCCAUAUGGCCAUCUGGACUGUGCUGUGAUGCCCCAGUCUGCCUCUGUGGGCUCCUUGCUGUCUGGUGUGCACUUAAGCAAUAAAGGCUGGAGUUGGCAAGCUUA